AUGAUCGGAGAGAGCACAUUUCUCGAGAGCAAAUCGUCUGAGUGCAUCAAACGUCAGAGAGCACUGAAUGGGAGGUUGCUGUCCGUCGUGAAGAUGCCGUCUCUCUGCAGUGAACCGCACCAAACAACGAGGGAGAAGUUCUGGGAGAGCAUUUGUCUGUGUGACCCUGACGGUGUCCAUGCCUUUGUCCUGGUUCUGCCUCUAGCUUCUCUCACAGAUGAAGACAAAGCUGAGUUUAAGAUCCUCCAGGAUGUUCUGGGUUCCUGUGUAGAUGCUUUCACCAUCAUUCUGUUCACUGUGGAGUCAGAUUCUUCAGCUUCAGCUUUCACUGAGUUUGUCAGUACAAACAAAGACCUGAAGGAGCUGUGUCAACGCUGUGGUGGACGUUAUAUCAUCUUCAAUGUUAAAGACCAGCAAGAAAUGCAAAUUGAGAAGAUCACACAUCUCCAGAGCCUCGCAUCUCCAACAGAAACAAGACAAGUCACUGGUGGAGCACAGCAUGCAGAGAGUAAGUAA